GUGGCUGACGUCGAUUGGUGGUUCAUGAGGGUGGAGACUGCGCCAUGUUCGGUGGUCGAGUCUUCAUCGUUCUCGUAUAUACUCGCGUAGUACACAAUAGCAGCAUGCUGACAGUUUGUCAGCUGUAAACGAUACGAAGCUGACAUUAGAAUGGAGGAACGAGAUCCGAUAAAACAGCGACACGCUACUUUCACCAUGUCCACGAGAUCCAAGGAGAAAAUGAUGGCCGCUAUCCGAAAACUCUUGCGAUCUUCCGAUAAAAUAGCAGAAUCGGAGGGAGCCAGUGGUUCGACUAAUUCACCAUCAAGGAGACUUCUUAAUCGCCACCACCGUCCAGAUGCCAUCACUCCAAUGGAUGGUCCAAUACCGGAAAAUCCAGAUUCUACUCAUCCCGAUCGCAGUUGUUUCUUUAAGGCUUCAAAAAAGUCCACAAAGGCUUUACUUGCACAGGAUAACAACGAAUGUAAAGCUCCCUGUGACAAGGAUAUUGGUCUACGUCGACUAAUGAAGGAGUUCAACAGGAUUCAAAGAGCGCAACGCGACGAUUCUGCCUUCACCGUGGAGCUGGUCAAUGACAAUGUUUUCGAAUGGUUUGUUCGAUUGCACAAGAUUGAUCCGGACAGCAAAUUGGCGGCCGAUAUGCGCGAGCUGAAAAUUCCUCACAUAUUACUGCAUGUGAUUUUUCCGAAGGAGUUUCCAUUUGCGCCACCUUUUAUGAGAGUGAUCUCGCCGAGGAUCGAGCAGGGCUUCGUGAUGCAUGGUGGUGCUAUUUGCAUGGAACUCCUUACGCCAAGAGGAUGGUGCUGCGCGUACAGUGUCGAAUCAAUGAUCAUGCAAUUUGCGGCCAGUGUUGUAAAGGGACAGGCACAAAUAGCAAGAAAGUCAAAGUCGAAUAAAGAGUACAAUCGAAAAUUGGCCGAGGAAACAUUUAAACAUUUGGUGAAGACGCACGAAAAGUAUGGCUGGGUGACACCGCCGCUCGCCGAAGGUUGACUGCAGAAUGCUACAUUAGAAAGUCGGAAAAAUCCAUGUUUUUUGCUUGAGAAGAAGCGCACGAACUGAUGCGAUUUUUUCGAUUUUCCCGCAAGCCGACAAUGAUUCCUUUGUUGCGUUAGGAAAAGUGUAAUUUUGUUCUUGCCUAAUUGCAGCAAAAAAAAUGCACGAGCAGAUACAGUCGGGGAAAGCACUGAUUUUAUCAAGUGAACGAAGCGCAUGUGGAGGUAUUUUUAGUCAUUUUUCAAUUUUUAUAAUAAAUAUAUAGGAACUUAAAGAAAGAAUUUUGAGAUCUUUAAAAACAUUUCUUUAACUUAACUUUAAUUACUCUUUUACAAUACGAGAAAACACAAGUACCAGGUGCAAGAAUCUUUAAUUAUUUUUGCCAAAUAUGUGACUUUUGAAGAAGUCAUUACUCGUCAAAAACAUAUUUUAAAGAUCUUGAAGUUCUUUUAUAAGUCCCUAUAUUAUUAUGCCAAAUUAGUUAUUAAGAUAUAUAUGGAAACAUUGCAAUAUUAUUCUUAUUGACGUUUUUUGAAUUGGCAAAAUUUACUCGUUGAAUAUCGGGAACUCAUAACGGAAUAUUCCGUUUAAUUUAACUUCGGUAAAUAAAUGAGGAAGAAAAAUUGCUGAAUAAUGUGUACUGAACAAUUACCGCUAAUUAAUCAUAAAAGUAAUGGAAUAUGUAAAUAUGAAUAACUAAAAUAACAACUAAAUAAUAUGGCUUGUUUUUUGUUUUGUAAAGUUUAGUUUUAAUUAGUAUUUUAAGAGAAAAAAUAUUUACAUCGAAAUUCUUCUAUGGAAACGGCUCUUGAUUAUGAGCUUCUACAAUACUUCAUCUCUUUUCUAAAACUCGAUGGUAUAAUAUUUAUUACAAACGAACAAUUUUCUGUAUAUUUCUGGAUCGACUGUGACAGGAAAAUUUGUAUAUACAGUCAUGUAUUGGACAUAUACUUGUAUGUGCCAAAUAAAUAUAACAAAUUCGAAGUAUCAGUGUCUCUUCGUAAAACUUCGCAAAACUUCAAUUUAAUAUUUAACCGCGAAGAUUCAUGCAAUUAUAGGCGCUACAAUUCAUCAUGAAUGAAUGUAUCACGAAACAUAUGUAGAUUAAUAAAAACCCAAUUAAUUCUUCAAAAAGAUUGACUUUAAUGUGGUAUCAGGAAGUAAUAUCUAUACAAGAUUUUUGAAAAUGAUGAUGAGAUAGAAAUUAAAUACAAGUAAAAUAUUUACAAAUAUGUGAGAAAUUGUUAUUAGUCUUGUUUCGGUUCGUGUUAACAGUACUUUUGGCCUAUGUACCGUACAAUAGUUUGACGGCAGGCGUAUAUAUACUGUGUCUUUUGUCCAUCACUCAUCACAUUUUAUCUUUACAAAUUUAGGAAUGACAGAAAUACAAAUGUACAGCACAAAAUAGUGCUAAUCUUUCCUAUCUGUUAAUAGCUUACUUAUUGCAAGUUAUACUUAAAAGCGAUUUACAACGCUGUUUUAUCAAAUUUGUUGGAAUAAAGUUGCUACUCAAAG